AGCCCGGGCGCGCGCAGUCAGCCGCUGCCGGCCAGUGAUGCUGCGCUGCUCUGGGAUAAAGAGUUGACUCGGCAGGCUGCACACUGUGUGGAUGCACGGCCAACAGGCAGCACACCUGUCUCACUCUAUCAGCUUUCUACAUGGCGGAGCAGUUGUGGAAGACUAAUAAGCUAAUGUUUUUUAAGUUAAACAUGUAGUCUUACCAUUCAAUUCCUGGAGAAAACACAUUGGAAGUGGGCUUUGAAACAGAAACAGCAUACAAUAUUUUUUCGUUCGUUUCGUUAUUGUUUUUUCGAUGAACCAGGACAUAAGCAGGAUCCCCAUCAUGGAUUGGACACUGGAUAUGAUUAUCCCGAAAAAUACCCGCGCCGUGUUACUGGCCUGCGUGACGGUGCUGUUCUCCCUGCACCUGUGGCACCGGCUACGGCAGCGGGUGAUCCCCUGCCCGCCCGGCCCGCUCGCCUGGCCGCUCAUCGGGAACGCUCUGCAGAUGGGCAACGCACCGCACCUGUAUUUCAUGCGAAUGGCGAAGAAAUAUGGCAACGUCUUCCAGAUUAAACUGGGCUCACUGCCCGUGGUGGUCCUAAACGGGGACUCCAUUAAAACAGCACUGGUCAAGCAGGGAUACGAUUUCGCCGGCAGACCGGACUUCACUUCCUUCCAGUACGUCGCCAACGGGGACAGCAUCGCGUUCGGCCCCAUGACGGACUGGUGGAAGAUGCACCGCAAAGUGGCUCAGUCCACUAUCCGGAUGUUUUCCAAUGGGAACCCGCACACCAAAAAGACUUUUGAGCAUCACCUCCUGUGCGAGAACAAAGGGCUGUUGCAGCUGUUCGUGGAGAAAACCAAAGAGCAGAUAUAUUUCCAGCCCAUGACUUAUCUCGUGGUGUCCCAAGCCAACAUCAUGAGCGCGGUGUGCUUCGGGAAAAUGUACUCCUAUGAGGACGAGGAGUUCCGGCAGGUGGUGGGCAGGAAUGACCAGUUCACCAAGACUGUGGGGGCGGGCAGCCUGGUGGACGUGAUGCCCUGGCUCCAGUACUUCCCCAACCCCAUCAAAACCGUGUUUGAAAACUUCAAGAAGCUCAACCGGGAGUUCAGCGAAUUCAUUGGGAACAAAGUGAACGAGCACAGAAAAACAAUCCAGUCAAGCAUCAUCCGAGACAUGACGGAUGCUUUCAUAGUGGCGCUGGACCAACUGAGAGAUAAAGCAGGACUUUCUUUAGGGAAAGACUACGUGACCCCCGCCAUGGGGGAUAUAUUUGGAGCCAGUCAAGACACACUUUCAACUGCACUGCAGUGGAUCAUCAUCCUACUUGUCAAGUAUCCUGAGGUGCAGGUGCGUCUCCAGCAGGAGGUGGACAAGGUGGUGGGCCGCAGCCGGCUGCCCUCCAUCGAGGACCAGCUGCAGCUGCCUUACAUCAUGUCCUUCAUCUACGAGGUGUUGCGCUUCUCCAGCUUUAUACCGCUCACCAUCCCCCACUCCACCACCACCGAUACCUCCAUCAUGGGCUACAGUGUACCAAAGAACACAGUCAUCUUCAUCAACCAGUGGUCCAUCAACCACGACCCCACCAUCUGGUCCCACCCCGAGAGCUUUGACCCGCAGCGUUUCCUAGACCAGAAUGGAGCGCUGAACAAGGACCUGACCACCAACGUGCUCAUCUUCUCCCUGGGCAAGCGGCGGUGCAUCGGCGAGCAGCUGUCCAAGGUGCAGCUCUUCCUCUUCACGGCGAUGAUCAGCCACCAGUGCCACAUCACCGCCGACCCAGCCAGGCCCGUCACACUGGACUACAACUACGGUCUGACUCUGAAACCGCACCCCUUCUCCAUAGCUGUGACUCUGCGCGAAGAUGUGAGGCUGCUGGAUGCGGAGACCAGGCCGGCCGGCGCAGAGGACGUCAAAUGCGAGCCCUCAUCAGACUCAUGAACAGAAAAAUUAAAUACAAAACUGUAAUAAGCUAAACAAAUAAGGCUGAAACACAAAAAGGCUUCUGAACUAUAUAUUUGUGGGCUGAAAACUAUAUUUAUAAGCUGAAAUCUUAAUCUUCUUUUAAAAAAUUUAAAUAAAACUCAGAAUGGUAACACAUCGCCACCCCAAGCAGAAAAACACUGCUAAAUUCUGCAGGUUUUUAAUUUUUAUUUCUGGAUCACUGCUGAAAACUGUAAAAAAAAAA